AUGGAUUAUUUUAAAAUUGCCAAGGUUUAUAAGAUGAUACAUGAAGGUGAUACACAGGUUCAUUGGUAUAGAUUGUUCUCUGGGAAUAGUGCGAGGCCUCGAGCCCUCAUCACUCUUUGGCAAGCAUGUCAUGAGAAGCUUGCUACAAGGAGUAGACUCCAUAGAUUUGGUAUGGUGGGUUUCAAUACUUGUAGCUUUUGUAUGCAGGAGGAAACACAAGAUCAUCUGCUGUUUGACUGCCUCAAAACUAGGAACAUAUGGAAGCAAGUGCUUGUGUGGAGCGGUUUCAACCAUGAUCCCAGGAGAUGGGCUGAAGAGCUACCAUGGGUUGUUAGUAUUUGUAAAGGCAAGUCUCCUAGAUCCAGCCUACUGAAAUUGGCUUUUGCUGAGACAGUUUAUGGAGUAUGGACUUUUAGAAAUGUUGUUAGCUUUGGGAAUGUGGUAGAUGAAAAUAGAAUUGCUUUGAACAUUAUUGAUAUGUUGGUUUAUAGGGGAUGGACCAAAGAUAAGCUUAGGCCAUACUUGGCUCUCUUGAUGCUAUAG